AUGACUCUGACAUCAUCUAUGUUCACACAAAGCGUCAUGGGAAAGCGAAGAAAUAGCAUGACGCCAGAUAAGUUCUCACAUUACGCAAUCGUCUCGUCCGAAGAGCCAGCUAUGGAUCAAGUCUACCGAUACGAACUCACCAAAGCCGUCAAGCGCCUUCAGCAGGUCAUGGACAGCAUCGACAAGUCCCUCCUCGAGGAUGCGCAAUUCGACGGCGAUCAGGAAGUCGGAUACGAGGUCACGGAAGCCAACUAUGAAAUGGCAAUUAAUACGUUGCGUGAAGCCUACUUUCGCCCUGACCUAAUCCGUAUGCAACUUAGCGACCGGUUACAACAUCUUCAACCGGCUACUACGCGUGCUGUCAAUCAACGUCUCACCUUCGCUCGUAUCAAGUCACUAUGGCUUCAGCUGAAGAAAUAUGGUGAGCACGAUGACAACAUUUUCGUAAUGCGUUUAAUACGUGAGAAAUUUCCAUUGGAAACACUCGAAUAUGUCGGCCAGGCGCAGGCCAUAGACACGGUUCCGUGGAAGGUUCCACAACUCCUCAAUGCACUUGAUCAAGCGAUCAAGACAUUUGAAGUGAUUGAGGAUUCCGCACCAGCUGAACCAACGUCUUCGCCUUCAUCGCUGGCGAUAUAUUUCACAUCGCAAUCCUCCCCAUGA